UUCUCUCACGUAACCUGGAACUAAAGCCACACUGACGUGAAAAUUAAAUAAAUAAUUUAAUUUUACUGAAAAAUAAGCAGAAGUCCGAAAUAUAAACGGGUUACUUAGUCCAGAUUUCGCGUGAAGAUGGAAAUACCGAAAGCACAGAAUCAAAAACUUGUGCCGCUGAGUUAGAACGGGUCCCAAGGUUCGACAGAAUUGCAAGCUGUUUGGACACCGGCCAGCCGAUCGAGAGCGCCCGGUGUCGGAUUCGCACUUCUAGGUCGCAGAGCCAACGCGAGUGACCUGGAUGUGAAAUGGAAAGUAGGCCGCGACCCGGCAUUUGAUUUUGACAGUGACGAAAGAAAAAAACCCAGCAGUAACUGCGAGAAACAGAGGGAUGCUAAGAAAUAAUUAUAACCAAGACAAAACGCGGAAGAAAACGAGAACUACUGCCGUUUUAAUAUAAAUGCAUAUGAUCGUUCAUUCCCGAGGAAGCUGAGUGGCAAGCAGUUGGCUAUCUUGAUUUAGAUAAGAUUAACGUUAAUAAUGAAACGAUUGGCCACAUAAUGUUAGGUAGCAACAAUUCUGACAACAGUUUAAAACAAAGAACGCACUGAUAUGUGUAACAUUCAGCUGGAUAUUUAAAAAAUACGCGUAAUUUAUGUAUUAAAUACUUUAGGAUUACGGUCUGUAUUUAUCGCAAAACAUUUCUCACAAAUGAUUGGAGUUAUCUAGCCAGCUAACUAAAUUCUAGCCAGCAGCUAACGUUGGUGAAACCCUGUUACGACUCGUUGGUUUUUCCUGCAAGGAACCCAGAAAGAUUCACCUGCGGACCAUCAAUUUCCUGGGCGUUCAUUAGUAUUUAAAAUCAUUGGUAUUAAUAAUGCGACAUGUUUAAGGGCUGUUAAUCCGAAAAGCCGUAUCGUUUGUGUUGACACCCACUUGGUAGUUAAACAGAUCAACACAGUAGCUAAAUUAGCUAACCAGUUAACGGUUAACGAUACUGAAGAGUGGACGGCAACAUAACUGUGAGUUAUCCUACGGCAAUACGCAAUGGCUCAAGACGAAUUUCCUUUACAUUACCUUGUGUGGAACAACCAAUACCUAGAGCUAGACCGAGAACUACAGAAAAGGCAGCAAGAUGUGGAGCGGCUGGACCCGCGAGGACGCACCCCGCUGGAGCUGGCUGUGUGCUUGGGCCACCUGGAGUCCACGCGCGUGCUGCUGAGGCACUGUGCGGACCCCACGCACAGCAACUCCCAGGGCUGGACAGUUUUGCAGGAGGCAGUGAGCACUGGGGACCCAGAGCUGGUGCAACUGGUGCUUCAGUACAGGGACUAUAAGAGAGCAACAGAGAGGUUGGCUGGCAUCCCAGAGCUGCUCAGCAAACUGAGACAGGCACGUGAUUUCUAUGUGGAGAUGAAGUGGGAGUUCACAAGCUGGGUACCGCUGGUGUCCAAGGUGUGCCCCAGCGACGUGUACAGGGUGUGGAAGAGUGGGUCCUGUCUACGUGUCGACACCACCCUGCUGGGGUUUGAGCACAUGACCUGGCUCAAGGGCCGCCGCAGCUACAUCUUCAAAGGUGGAGAGAGUGGGGCUGUGGUGAUGGAGGUGGACCAUGAGAAGCAAGUGGUGUACACCGAACCCCUAUCCCUCUCGCCCCGGGACGCCUCCUCCCUCCUGGCGGCCAUGCUGCCCUCCCAGGAGAACACCGCCCAGCGCCUGACCUCCCCCAUUGUAUCCACCCACCUCAACACCCGCAAUAUUGCCUUUGAGAGGAACAAAUCGGGUAUUUGGGGGUGGCGCUCAGAAAAGACGGAGGUGGUCAGCGGUUAUGAGGCCAAGGUGUACAGCGCCAGUAAUGUGGAGCUGGUGACUCGAUCCAGAACAGAGCAUCUCUCUGACCAGGACAAGUCCAGGAGCAAAGGCUCAAAGACUCCGCUGCAGUCAUUUCUGGGAAUCGCAGAGCAGCACGUCGCUCAUAAUGGGAGUCACAUAUCGCAGUGUGCUAGCCCUCACAAUCCCACCGCUAUCACAGCAGAGGAGUACUUCGACCCUGAGUUCCCCCUUAACAGCCGUGACAUAGGGAGACCGGUCGAGCUAACCAGCAAAGUACAAAGAUUUAAAGCAACCCUCUGGCUCAGUGAGGUCCAUCCUCUGUCUCUGGCGGAGCAGGUCACGCCCAUCAUCGACCUCAUGGCCAUUUCGAAUGCCCACUUUGCCAAACUUCGUGACUUCAUCACACUACGUCUGCCCCCCGGCUUUCCUGUAAAGAUAGAGAUACCUCUGUUCCAUGUGCUCAACGCACGAGUGACCUUCAGUAACUUGUGUGGCUGCGAUGAGCCUGUCAGUUCUGUUACUGUCCUGACACCAGAGGGCAGCAGUGAGCCCGGGCAGACCCCAGCUCUCCUGCAGUGUGAGGUGGACCCCUGCGUUUUUGAGCCCCCCCCUGACUACACCACCCUGGGGCCAGGCCGCAGUGAGCCAAUGAGGGAUGAGGAUGACAACCUGCUGCAGUUUGCCAUCCAGCAGAGCCUACUGGACGCAGGCACUGAGAGCGACCAGGUGACCAUAUGGGAGGCUCUUACUAACAGCCGCCCUGUGUCUCAGACUCACCUAUAUGAAGAGGACUCUCAGCUUGAGAGGGCAAUCCAGGAGUCCCUCUCACUCUCAUUGGCUAACAGUGAGGGACGGGAGGAGUUAGUGGGACCAGCAGAGCCUGCCAAACUCCAGCAGCUGUCCCCAUCAGACCCAGCUGUUCAUUCCCCUCCUGCUUACACCUCAUUGGUCGAGCCCCGGGUUUCAGGGGCACUAAGUAGCAGCUUUGACGAACAGUUGCGCCUUGCCAUGGAGCUCUCCUGCAGGGAACAAGAUGAGAUGGACAGGAAAAGGCGCGAGGAGGAAGAGGAGCUGGAGAGAAUACUGCAGCUGUCACUCACAGAGAAGUAGCCGCUCAAAAUGCAGAGGAGUGGGAAGAGGAGGCAUGUAUGGGCGUGGUUUCAACAGGGGAACAAACUGGUUUAUUUUUUGUUUUUUCCUUAAAUGUUAAAUUAUUAUAAUUAUUAUUUGUUCUAUUAAGGGAUACAAUAGAGCAGACGGUGCAAUACAGUACUGACUGAUCUGACAAACGCCGCACUAAGAUAGUCACAAACACAGGCUGAGAAAGUGCGUUGAAUAGUGUCUGUCCCAGCACAGUGACAGAAAUGUAGAAAUCAUUUCCCAGAGGGGGGAGUGAGAGCGUUAGUGUGGUGCAGCUACAGCAACGGACAAGACGCUACUUUACAUAGUGAGUGAAUGAGAGAAUGGUGGAGAAAAGUGAAGAUGACAUUGUUUUGUUUUUUGAAAAAUAACAAUCCUGCUGUCUUGAUAAUUUGAGUGAAAAAAAAAUCUAACCUUAAACCUAAAAAAGAUGAUAAUAAUGAUGACGAUGCUGACAUAAUUAUAAAUCGUACUUAUGUUUGAAGAGUAUGUUGGUUGGCUAAUGUAUGAUAUGGAAAAUAAAGUUAUUAAAUGUG